AAGAUUUCUUCCUUAAUUGAAGAAGACCCCAACUGCCUAAAUCAGCAGGGAUGAAUGCAUGGAUGGGGAAAUCGCUCAAGGUUGCUUGCAUUCAGAAGGCAGAAAGGAUCACAGCUGUGGAUGAAGGUAAUUAAACAUUCUGAGCAGAUCCUGAAGACAGCAUUGAUCUCCAAGAACACACAGCUUGUGAAGCUGUAUGAGAAUCUUGAGUCUAGGGAGAAGUGUUUGCUGAAUGAAGCGUUUCAGCCAGACAGUGUUCUCUUCAGACCCAUCACUCUUCAUUCGGAGUCAGACUGGAUCUCCUCACACCCUGAGCCCACCCAGGACUUUGAACAGUUUUAUAAUGAUCCUUACAGAAGCAGACCGACAUCUCAGAAAAGUGCCAUUUAUGUACAGCCCAUUGGUUCUUUUGGGGACACCAAAGUUAGUACGGAGGAUUAUAUGAAAUGGUUGAAGGAUUACUGUGAAGCCUUUUACUAUGGCUUAUCUGUAAAAAUCCUGGAGCCGGUUCCUGUUUCACACACAAGUUGUGCUUUUCGAGUGAAUGAGUAUACAUGCAAUCUACAGAUUCAUGCAGGGGACCUCUUGAAAUACCUAAAGAAGAAAAAGCCAGAAGAUGCUUUCUGUAUUGUUGGGAUAACAAUGAUAGAUCUUUAUCCAAGGGAGUCCUGGAAUUUUGUCUUUGGCCAAGCCUCUUUGACAGAAGGAAUGGGGAUCUUCAGCUUUGCCAGGUAUGACAGUGACUUUUAUAGUGCGAGCUACAAAGGCAGACUGAAGAGAGUCAAGAAGCUUCCCUCAGCAGACUACUCAGUUUUUGAUGGUCCUGUAAUCAGCAGUCUGCUGCUUCUGAGGUCCUGCAAGACCCUGACCCAUGAGAUUGGGCACAUCUUUGGACUCCAUCACUGUCAGUGGCUGCAGUGUGUGAUGCAGGGUUCCAAUCACCUGGAGGAAUCAGACCGACGCCCAUUGGAUCUGUGUCCAAUUUGUCUGCGCAAGUUGCAGUCUGCCAUUGGCUUUCACAUUGUGGAGAGAUACCAGGCGUUACUUGGGUGGAUGGAUGAAGAUCGUAAUGGAAUGGAUGCUGAACUCAGAAAUGAAGCCAAGAUGGGCUUGCUGAAACCUGUGGAAGCAUUUAAGGAGUGUCGAGAGUGGGUAUUAAAAUGUCUUGAUGUCUUGCAGAAAUAAAGCUGUAGGAUGUAUGUAGUAUCAAAGGGGAAACAUUCUCCUCUAUUUAAAGAGUUACUUUCAGGUUGACUACUUCUAAAACUGUUGUUACUUGAUAUGGAUCAUCCACUGCAUUGUAAGGAUCUGUAAAUAAAAAUCUAUCCCUUUGUUGCUGAACAUUUUACCUUUAUACCCUCCUUCCCCAGACAGUAACUAUUUCUGCCAUGACCUUACGAUAUUUGGUCUCUGCUGCUCUCAUAUCAGAAAUCAAGGUACAUUUUAAUCUUAAUUGCAGUAAUAUUCAGAAGAACAUUUAACAUCUUGUAAACAGGGCCUAAUGUGUAGUUUUUAAAAUAUAUAUUCUCAAUGUUUGCGGAG